AUGAUCCGUAGACCUAAGCCCGAAGAAAGCGAAGAUGAUAUACUCCGCAUGCAAGAAGAGUUUCUCAAAGACAAAAGUUUUAAACCGGCAGCACAAGUUGUUAAUUUACGAAAAACAGAACAUCAAACUACUAAAAGAGCAAAUUCUUCUGCUUCAUUAAGUACAAGAAAACCUUCGAAAUAUGCUCAAUCUAAAGGUCUAGCCAAUAUUGAAAAACGAGCUCGUACAGAAACUAGCACAGGGUCUCUUAUGGGUGAUAUUUUAGAAAAGAAUGUUGAAGAAACUGACGAAAAAUCGGCAGAACCUGAUGACGAUAAAGUUUACUAUCCAAAAGUUAUACCAUCAAUUCUUGGCAAUAUUGUUGAAAAAAAUGUAUCAUUAUUCAAUGUAAGUGCAUUAAUGGACUUCAAAUUACCAUCUAAAGGUUUUCCAGAGGUAACUAAGCGAGAUCCGAAUGUAAAACCGGCCUCUAAAAACAUUCAUGCACAAAACUUAGAUAUGUUGAAAAAAGAGAAAGACAUAGAGAUGGAUAUUGAUCAACCAUCAAGUUCAAAAUUAACGAUGAAUGAAGUAAAUGAUUUAAAUUUUCCACAACAAAGCUAUAUUGUUUCAAGCCAGGAAGCAAAUGCUAUACAUAAUGAAAACAUUAAAGUUUUGAGUGAAAUGAGUGAAGAUGAAAUCCUUCAAGAACAACAGAAAUUACUUUCUACCUUGGACUCCAAAGUUAUAAACUUUUUAAGGCAUAAUCGUAGCAAAGUUAGCAAAAACAGUGUGUUGGAAUCAAAUAGUGAUGAAGCUAAAAUGGAUAUCAUUAAUCUAAAGUUUGAAACUGAAAUUGAUAAAAGUGUUAAUAAAUUUGAAAGUGAUUCACUCUGGGAAAAUGAUAUUUUAUCACAUCCACAACUAAAUAAAUGGCUUCAUUUUGAAAACUUAGAAAAAGAUAAAUUGGAAUGGAUGAAAGGCAUUGAAGAAAGUAGAAAAAUUAAAUCUGAUGAACCUUAUGAGGCAAGGUUUGAUUUCAAAGGUUAUCUUCUCCCAUAUACCAUAAAAUAUACUGAAAAAACUAAAACCUUGUUCCACCAUGGUAGGGAACCUCAUAGACCUGGAUAUUCAGUAACUGAACUAUUUGAACUAACUAGAUCAAGUGUAACACAGCAAAGGGUGAUGGCUCUAAAUACAUUAGCAGGACUUCUUGAGUAUAAUAGUACAGGGAUAUAUAAAGAUAUUAUAGAACUACCAUUGAGUAAAAUCUUUUUUGUUAUCAGAAUUGCAAUGGAUGAAAAUAAGGUUAUAUUACUAGAACCAGCAUUAAAAGCUAUAAGAAAUUUAUUAUUGAAUAGAAUAGAUGAAGCAUGCCUUGAUGCUAUGUUAGGAUUUGAAGAAGGCACCUUUCAGCCAUGUUUAGAAAAUGACAAGUCAGAAAUUGAGGAUCUAGAAUCCAAAGAAUCUGAACUAAAAGAUUUUCAUCUCGCAGAAAUAGAUCUAAUUGCAGCCAUUCUAAGAACAGAUAUUUUGCAACGCCUGUUUUAUAUUUUGGAAACUGUAAAACCAAGUUUUAACUGUGUUCAGUAUGCACUUCAGAUACUAACAAGACUGUCUAGGGAUUCCACUGAAACUGCAAGAAUCAUUGUUGAUACCGAUCAUUUAAUGAAUACUAUAAUGAAACAUUUUAUUCCGACAACAAGUAUUAAUUUUACAUUUGAUCCUAACAUAGUUUAUAGUGGAAAACCAAUUCUGGCCGCCCUCAAACUCUUAAGAAUUCUAUCACUACAAUCCAAAGAGAUUGAUGAAAUAUUACUGACAAAGUAUGACAUUUUGAGACCUAUAUCGGAAUAUAUAAGUUCUGGAGUAGAUGGUACAUAUGGCUUGAGGCUACAAAUAGAAGCAUUCUGUAUUUUAUCAAAUUUACUCAAUUAUGGACUUGGAACUCAAAAUGCAUUGUCUCUAUUUCCACUAGUGAUCACUACAUUAUACAAACAUGUUCAGGGGACUGAUUUGUUUAUGAGUACCUCUGUCAUAUCAGCCACUCAUGCUGCAGUAGUGUUACAGUAUAUUACUAAGCUUUUGAACUGCAAUAUGCUUAACUUAGAGAACUAUAAACAGCAGAUAUAUCCAUUAUUAAAAGAAGGAGUACAAAAAUGGUUGAUGCAAACAGCCCAUUUUGAUAAUUACACUUGUGGACAUUUGAGACUUCUCUGUUCCGCUGUUGACUGUUGUAAGACAAUUUUGUUUAAUGAAAAGGUUACAUUCAAAUUUUUAAAUGAUACUUUGAAAAUGUUAGCAAUGUCUAAUGGAUUCAAGCUUCUUUUAAACAACCUAUCCCAAAGUUCAAAUCUUCUUUCUGCUAUAGAUGAUAAAGAUUUAUAUUCCACCAAAAAUCUUGUAACUCUUAAAACAUCUGUAAUAGAUUCGCCACAUAAAGUACUUCCGAUGCUAAACAUAGUUUCACCUAUUCCAUUUUUAGUAUCCUUAUUUAAACUGUUGAAUGUUGUUAAUGAAAAAGAAAUAGGAAAGUUAUAUGUUAAUCAAAUUAUAAACUAUAUAACAGAUUUAUCAAAGAAACCACCGAGUCUGACUAACAAUUGGUUUACAAGAAUGGAAGUAGAAUUAGUUUUCAGCAUUGUUAGACUAGCCAUUCAGAGUAACAUUUCAGAAUCUAUAAAAGAUCUUAUUUAUGCUGUUGCCAGUAAACUUUGUUAUAUUUUAAGAGUGGACAAGAAAUAUGAACUGGAAUAUUUGUUCAAAAAUAUUAUAUUUAAUAGGGAGUGGUUUACAGCUGAGCGACUUUUAAACAUUGUGUCUUUAUCAGAAGCAGAGAGUUUUAGUAAUGUUCUGAUUAAUGUGGAAGAUAUAAAGGCAUGUUAUAGCAAGGUUAUUAAUUUAAAUCCACUGGAUAUUACUGGUAAUGUAGUUCUGAAGCAGUGGCAAGAACCAGUAUUACCGAGAGACUGGAUAUAUUUACCAAUAUUGUCUCUAUAUAGCAGAAGCCAAGAAGUAAAACCUACUCCUACAGUUGUUGGUCAAAAUGCAAAUCAAGCAGCACAGCAACUAGCGACCGAAAAAAAACUAAUAAUAGGAUGUAGCUUAGAGUGGAUUUUGUUUAAUGAAAUAUGUUUUCCAGAUCUUUUAAAUGAUAUCAAUCACACCGAUAGGUUUUGUAGACUUAUGUGUGUAUUUCUUUGUGAUAAUUCAUUGUUCUUGGAUGAUAAAAUAAAAAUUCUAUUAAGAAAAUGCACACAGGUUCUUUUCAGGAAACAUGAUAGAUUUAACUUUGAUAAGGAACUUACUGGAUUACACAACUUUCAAGACUUUUACACACAGUUUUUGGAGCAGUUCCAGUCGGUCAGUUAUGGAGAUCACACGUUCGCUGCAUGUGUUUUAGUUCCUCUCGCUCAGAGGCACAAUGUUAAAUGGCGUAAAUUGCUAUGGUCGGAAUAUGCAGGCUGUCUUAGAGCCUUAGAUUGCCCAGAAAGUGAUUUAUGUUACACAUUAAAUGAAUAUUUGUAUCCGGAAGAAACGGAAGAAACUCUUUUGAAAUCCUAUUUCAGAGCGGUCUCUAGUAACUUACUAAGGCCGGGCACAAUUUCAUAUAAAAUAGCACAUCAUCAUGUUGAAUGCUUUAAAAAGAAAAAAAAUUGUAUUGAUGAACAGCAAGGAAAU